UGGUGACUAUUAAUAUCAUCAUUUUUUAAUUUUCUUGUUGAAGCCGUGUCAAAUCUGAGCUUUCUAACGAUUUCUUCAAUACAGGUAUGCUGGAAGUGAAAGAAAGCCAGACUGGUAAUUUUCUCAAGGGCAAGAUAUUGGAUGUAUUGAAGGCCUACGAUAUCGACAUCAACCAAGUAUUCUCCACCACAACGGAUAAUGGUGCGAAUAUGAUCGCUGCUAUCAAAUCAGUCCAACAUACAAUCGCUAGUGCAGACACAAUGUCAUGUGAUGACGAUGAAGAUGAACAGGCCGACGAGGUAUCGACAUCAAUAAAGGCUGAGCUCUCGAAUCAAUUAAGUUUGGUGAGAUGCGCUGCACACACCCUAGCGGUUUCCGACGUGAUUAAAAAAAAUGACGAGAGAAUCCGAAAAGUGACCAAUGUAGUGAAGAAGACAAGGAAGACUAAAUACACUCUAUAUUUCGAGCACAAACAGGCAUCCAAAGCUCCCCUUUGGAGCUUUACUCGGUGGGCUGGAAGGUAUAAAAUGGUGAAAUCAAUAGUCAAGCAAGAGCCUUUUUACAUCGAACUUGGCAUACAGUAUGAAGAUAUCGUAUUCUCAUCCGAAGACUGGCUCUUCAUGAAAAACUUCGUCGCAGCGUUUACACCGGUUUACAAAUUAACAAAACAGCUUCAAAACCACCACGUAGCAUUGAAUGACUUCUAUAUACAAUGGCUUAAUAUAAUGCGGACUAUCGAAAAUGAGAUUCACAACCCGUUUUGUGAACCUUUGCUGCAAGCCAUAAAAAAUCGCUUGGCAAAAAUGAAGGAAAAUAUGGCUUUCAAAGCAUCACUCUUUUUAGACCCGCGAUUCAAUUUUUCUGGUUCAACAUUAUUUCCAUCAGUAGAAGAAAGAAAUGCAGUCCAGGUAAACUUGAUUUGUUAUUCAAAAUGAUCAAAUAUUGGCCGGUUUUAAAAAAUAACUACCAUAGCAAAUCUGUUAGAAGUUCUCGCAAGAUACUUUAGAGUAGAAAGUGGGUAUAUGUGUGGGAUUCCGAAAAAUUAAAAAAAUUAAAACUUGGGUCUGCUAGGUCUAUCUCUUUUUGACACUACACCGGUGUACCACCAGGGAAAAACGAAAAUGCUAUUAGAAGUUCAAUAUCAUUAAAUGUAAUAUUAAGUAUUCUGGGUAGACUCUUUACUGACUUA